GAAUCGUAACAAACCUUCUCCGGCCGAUGUGCUUGUCGCUCCAUUGCGAGGAUACGCGUCUGUUCUAAUUUUGAAUCGUAAUUAGUGUAUGAAAAUAACACGAAAAAAGGACUUUCUUGAAUGAAUAUGCUGUUUAUUAACUUCAAUUAAAUUCAGCGUGAAUAUUCCAUGUGUUUCUAGUGUUACCUGUACUGAAACAGUGUUAUUUUUCCUUCUUGCCAAGACACUGAGGGUAUUCAUGUUUAUAAAAAUAUUGAUUUGUAGCAUAAUCGUUUUCUAACGUUUCUAUUGUGUCUUGAAACGUUAGGUGAAAUGUAGGUAAUCGCUAAGCGUAUGUGCAGCGUGAAAUAAUUAUGAAAAUGCAACAGUUGUCGGGGGAUAGUAAUGGCGCGUUCUCGGAUGUGAUUCGUUAUUGUGUUUGAUCGUGUUUUCUGUGUUUUUGUUGUGUUAUUUUGACAAUGGAGGGAACCACGGAGAAGGAUUGUUCGCCUCUAUGGAGCCUGUACCAGCAGAUCGUGUCGGACAUGAAGAACAGUGCUCCGAUGUGGGAAGACUUCAUAUCAAAGGCGACAAAACUGCACUCGGCGCUAAAGUCUGCGUUGGUUGCAAUAUCUGCGUUUCUGGACGCGUUUCAGAAAAUCGCAGACGCAGCGACGAAUGCUCGAGGAGCAACGAAAGAGAUCGGAACAGCGCUCACCAGGGUUUGCCUCCGCCACAGAGCCAUCGAGACCAGAAUGAAAACGUUUAUCAGUGCUCUAACGGACGCGCUAAUAGUUCCGUUGACAUCGCGCGCAGAAGAAUGGCGACGGGGAUGCGCGACCGGCGCGCUCGGGCGUGAGCACGCGCGCGAAUGCAAGCGUGCGCGCGCCGAGCUGCGCCGGAGGGUGCACGACGCGCAGCGGCACGCGCGCAAGGCACGGCGCGCACCGCCUGAUGCCAAGCGGAGAGCAGAUGUUUCUAUGCAGGAUGUCGCGGAGCGCAAACAGCAGCUGGAGGAGAUGGAGGAGAAAGCGGUAAAGGCGGCGCUAGUCGAGGAGCGCAGCCGCUUCUGUCACUUCGUGGCACUGCUCAACCCCGUCGUGGAGAGUGAAGUGGCAAUGUUAGCGGAGGUAGGGCACCUGCAAGAGGGUAGCGAGCAACUCUUGCGGCACACCACCGAACCGCGCACCUUGCCCGCUGCAAGCUUACAGGUGAUAUGCGACGUUAAGUCGUGCUACAGCGGGUGGGCGGAGGCGGGCUCCUCGCCGCCCGCCAGCCGCCUCGGCAGCCGCAAGUCCUCGCUCACGUCCAUCUCCUCGCUCAACAGCCAGUGCUCGGAGGCACAAGCGUCCGGGUCGACGGUGAGCUGUUCCACGCCGAUUUCGAACGCAUCGUCUGCUGGGACCAUCCCGGCUGCCGCUGAUACGAAUAGCUUGUCACAGUCCGCGCGGCUGACCAGCGUCGGCAGUUCGGACUCUGGUUUCCGCUCGCAGGACGCCCUGCAGCGCCGCUCGCUCUACGUUGAAAAUGGUUCUGAUAAUCAGAGCGUGAGCAGCGAAUGCACGACCCCGGCCAAGAGCACGGUGGACGACGAUCACACUGACGACGGUCGCGACACGUUGGGGAAUACUGCAUCCGUUACGUGGCCGGACCUGAAGGAUACCGCACAGUUCGAACGAGCCGCCUCGGCAAUCAUGGGCGGCAGGCCUCACACCAUUUCAGCCGCGUACGAGCGCGGGCACGGGCGGCCGGCGCUGACGCCGCAGACCUUCGGCGAUGCCGACGGCUCCACCCGCGAGGGCAUCUACGCCCGCCCGCCGCUCCCUACGCGCUGUUCGUCGCUGGAGCGGCCAUCAGUCCCAGCGAAGGCCAACGCGAACACCUCCCAGCAGGACUUCAAGCCCAACAAGCCCUCCUCGCUGCCGCCGCAUCUCACUAAAGAAAUGCCACAAGCACUGUACGUGAACAUGUCGGAGCUAGCCACGCUAGCGGCUUCGCGUGCGCAAGCGCACAACGCAGAACACCCGCAGCAAGAAAAGGUAUGCUCUGAAAGCAGUGCUAGCGAAUCGUCUCUGGAGUCAUCCAGCGGCUACGGAAGCCAAGGCGCGUUCGCGGCCGAGGACCACACCCACCAACACCAGAUACAGCACCCGGAUGACUCUGAGAUAGUGACGCUCCGGCGAGACAGCGACGCGUCAAUCGCCGCUGCUCGCGAGAGCUUCUCGAUCUCGCUCGGCAGCCUCGAGGAGGCCGUGAGAUCGCUCGACGAGACCUGCGAGACGCCGGCGUUCGCGACUAUCGGGAAAAAACCGGCGGUGCCCAAGCGGAGACCCGUUUCUAUGACAGCGACGGUGUGGUCGCGGCGUGGCUCUUCAAGCUCCCUGGGCAAGCCACCGCCGCCCGUGCGGCGGUCUUCGUCCAUCUCCCGUCCGCAGCGACCGGCCUACCCUCAGGGUAACAAUCAAAGCCCGGGGAUGGGGCCUAACGAGGUCGACAACCUACCGCCGCCACCUGCGUUCUUGCUGCAACCCGAUGCCGAGGCUAACUCUGGUAUCAACGUAGCGGAGACAGUAAAACAACUGACCGAACUCAAGCACAUGCCAGCUUCUCCGGGCCUAGUGCGGCGCAGUCUCCAACAACUUCAAACUAAUGCAAAUCAAACCCAAAACUCGAAUCCCUCUCAGAGUCCCACACAGUCCCUAUCCACCUUCCAACAAGCCAAAAGCAAUUUCUCUUCGACCACCAGCCUAAACAGCACUGGAAACCUUAAUCCAAUAUACGGCCAGACGGGCCACAGGAUAAUGGCUUACGUGGAACAAAAUUCCAUUUACGUGCGGAAGAAUAGUUUGAACAGUUCGAGUGGGGACUUGUACGGCAGCAACCUGGGCGUGUACAGCGACGGCAAGAGUUCUCCCCACGGGUCCAGCCCCUCCACGCCGAGCUAUGGCGAGAACAACUCCUUCUCCAGCUUCGGCCCGAGGGUUUCCAAUGAUUCGCAAUAUGGACAAACUGGUUACAAACUACAACAAGAGAAGAAAUACUCAUCGAACACGAUAUACGCGCAGCCGUCGCAGAUCAUAGCGGGGUACAACAACAUGGCGCGACACGACACGCUCAGCCCGCUCGCGAUGCGGCGCAACAUCGCGGCCAGGGCGCACAGCGCCGACAGACACCAUUCCGAACAGAGCGGCUUGAUCGCGAGCUUGAGCGCUAAGCUCGCGCCGCAGCUGUCGCCGCGCACCACACGUCGCGCCAUCUCCACCAUCACCACGGCCGACUCGCCGCCCAAAGGGAAAGCAUCGAAGCCCGCCAUCCAGCCGGCUUUCCUGGACAAGCUCUCGGCCACCAUACAGCAGCAGCGGCGCCAGCUGGACACGGCACGCGCCGUCGCAGUGCGAGAUCAUAUUAACACACAAGCUCAGCCGGACCCGCGGGUGUGUCACACGUCGCUCAUGGAGCAGAUCAAGCGCGGCGCGACUCUGCGCCGCAACAAGCAAUGCAACGAUCGCUCCGCGCCCAAAAUACGCUAGACGGCCGCGGCGUGCCGCAGCGGCCGCCCGGUACGCCAAAAGUGAACUAUCUUACGAGAAACCAUCAACUAAAACUUUUGAAUAUAUAUAAAAAAAUAAUCUUCAAAAUAAAAGGAUCUAUUGCAUAAUGUUUGUAUUGGUCACAAAAUUUUGGGACAUCUUAAAAUAAUCGCGGGUUUAGGACUAUAGCAUGUAACUUGAUUUUUCUGAUUAUAGUUAUAAGUGAAAGAUACAUUUAUUCGGUCCUUUUAACUAUGCUUGAAAGAUUAUUUUUUCAAUGUAUUUAGUUCUUCGACAAUGUCUGAUCACUAGAAUAAGUAAUUUGUGUAACAGGUAUAUUCGAGUCCUCCCUAUAAACGUUUCGAUAACACAUAAUCAGUAUACAUAAUCAAGAAGUACCUAGUUAUAUGAAAAUAAAACAUAUCGUUGACUUGAUACAUAGUUUUGAAAGGCAAACGUCAUGGUCGGCCAUCCAGUUAACGUCCGCCAUUUAAAGUUUAGUAACGCCCAGACGAAUUUUAAUAUAAAUAUCGAAUAUUUGUACUGUGUAAUGUUUAUAUAAUUAUAUAAUAUUAAUAGAUUAUAUUUGAACCUUUUUCAAGGACUGUAGGUAGUAAAUGAGGCUAACUAACUUAUUAUUUUUUUAAUGCGCAAGCUUGUAUUGUAAUAGUACCUAGAUAAAUACAUGUAAUAGCUGUGUUCUUGUAGAUACGCUCGUUUCUGUAUAAUAUCUAAAUAUCAUCCUAACUUUUAACGAUUACUUUUUAAAGUUUAUUUUUAUUUUAUAAUAUUUCAAGUGGUAACGAGCAGUACUGAUAUUUUGUAGUUUUAAAGAGUAAUUUAAGUGUGUUUAUAAAGAAAAUAGCUGUUUAGGGUAGCUGACAUAUCUGUUAAAAGAAGUAACUUUAAUUAAACGUCCAUAAGUCCUGUUGUCGAUUGUAUUACCUUGCUUUUUGACAACGUGAGAAUUGUGGUGAUAUUUUUUCCUAAAAAGAUAUUGUAGAACAGAGUUUCUAGUUUAUAAAACAAAAUGUUGGUUCUUUAGGUACACGCGGUUCUAAAAUAUACCUAAGGCUUAAUUUUCUUUAUGAUAACAAAACUCAAAGUAAAAUGUGACAAGGUUAUUCUUGCCCAUUCUGUUUGGGCAAGAAUAACCUUGAUAACUUUAAGCAUAGAUUCGCGUGUUUUGUUAAGUAACAUAUUGAUGAAAGCACCUAGUUUAUUUUGGUUUAGUUUAGUACUUAUACAAAAAGCAAGUCGUAAAAUCUUCACUCAGACCUCAUCUUAAUCAAUCAUAUGUCAGACAGACAUACACCGUUCGCUGUCGGUAGUCAAUUGUACAUACCUAUUGCAAAGAGAAUAGAUAGUAUAGAGGGGUCCUGUCAUAGUAAAUUUUGUAGUCACAGUAAAUUUACUGCCAUCUAUCGACACACGACUAAAACUCAAAAUGAAAACGUAUAAAAUUAUCAAAAAAUGUAUUUAUAUGGAUAAAUGAUUUUAUUAUUUUUAUAUCAUUUUGACCCAUGUUCAUUCACUGAUAUCUAUAUUCUAUGUGUUAAAAUUUUUAAAUAUGAAACGUUGUUGUCACGCCAUCUAGCUGAGCAUAGGCCAAAGGUGUGUGCGCCAUCUAUCCGAGAAUGACUUUUUCUUGAUUUCCGAGGCACGUUUUUUCCUUAGACUUCAUUCAUCUUAUACGAAGCAAAGACUCCGAUAUGUAACUCCGUAUAAGAUGAAUAAAGUCUAAGAAAAAAACGUGCCUCAGAAAUCAAGAAAAAGUCAUUCUCGGAUAGAUAGCGCACACACCUUUGGCCUAUGGUCGGCUAGAUGGCGUUCACGACACCGUUUUAUAUUUAACAAUUUUAACACAUAGGUAUCAGUGAAUGAACAUGGGUCAAAAUGAUAUAAAAAUAAUAAAAUCAUUUAUACAUAUAUAUAAUUUUUUUCGAUAGUUUUAUACGUUUUCAUUUUGAGUUUUAGUCGUGUGUCGAUAGAUGGCAGUAAAUUUACUGUGACUACAAAAUUUACUAUGACAGGACCCCUCUAUACUAUCUAUUCUCUUUGUAUGAAGUUACAUAUGUCUUUGCCUAUUGUAAUGCGAGCGCGCUGUUUAAAAAAUACGGAACGAAAUUUAAUUAUUUCUAUAAAAAAAAAUCUAGCAAAUCUAUGUUGAUAUACCAUUUUUUACUCGUACCUAAUGUCAUCGGGAAUACGUGGUUAAAGACUUUAGGGGUUGUUCACGCCCACCCUGUAUAGUAAUUAGUACAUAUUCAUUAUAUACCUAAUAAAACUACCCAAAAUACGAAAAACCCAAAAUACCAAGGCUAAUAUAUUAAGUUAACUACACAUUUCGAUGUUACCACCACAAUUCUCGCUUAUCAUGUCAACUCUGCAUCAGUGGCGUUUGCCACACUUAACGAUAAGUAAAAAAUGUAUUGAUUAAAUUGGUGAAUUAAAAUGAUUAAUGUCCCCUA